GUCAAUUAUUUGUAUAUCUGGCAGCAUUAUCUACAUGUCUGUGGUAGACGUCAGUGGAAAGCAAAAGAUUUGCUCAGCGUUUGUAGAAAAGACGCAAAUUGUGUGAAUAUUUUCAAAACUUUUCGAUAAGAUUGGAUAUUGGUUUAAAGAGGUAGACAGAGAGUAUCUUGAAAGCAAAGACAAAACCUUUUGUGACCUGUCUAUUUCAUAGACGUCAAAGGACAAAGAAAGAGAUAAAGUACGCUUGGCGGAAUAUGCAGCAUCAGUUAUAAAAAACAAAGGAAAAAAAGGAAAAACUUUGUAAGAGAACCAAAAAACUAAUUGAGAGUUCAUUUGCCUUUGACGUGUUCGGUAACAAUUUGUUAAUUUUACAUCCAUUCAAACACUGCGAAAGUAAAACCACGUUGAAGUACUGGUGAAGGUGCGUUCACGUUACCACAUUCUAAGUAGUUCUUUCAAUUGUACGGAUUAUAUUUGAAAAUUAAAUUGUAAAAUUAAUAUGAGUGCAUCCGCUGCAUAUGUGCCAUCAGGUGGAUUUGGUGGUACUAUUGCUGCUGGUUUAUCUCCUAUGAUGGCUAAUCUCAAUGUGGAUGAAGGUGCAACAGCUAUGUCAAGAGCACAACCAAUUAUGAUGGUGAACCCACCUAUUUGUCGCUAUUUUCAACGUGGUAUAUGCCAUUAUGGAAGUUCGUGCCGUUUUUCUCACGUUCUUACUGCCGGAGAAGCAAAUAACAACAGUGGUAAUGAAACCGAGGUCCUAAAUCCUACAACUUCUUCAACAAACCUUAAGAAAAUUACAACAGAAUCUCCAAAUGCUCGGCCUAGCACUAGUCGACAUAACUGGAUAAAUGCUCCAGUCUUCGUGCCGAAAAGUUAUCGACCAACAUACCCUUCUGAAGAAGUUGCUGACAUUUCUACUAGCGAAGGUGCAACGAGUAUAUGUCCAAUGAACAAUGAAGUACAAAAAUCUUGGGCAGAUGUUGUUGGUGGUGGAAAUGUGGCACAACGUACAAACAUUAUUGAAGGAACUGAUGCUGAAGCCAUGCUUGAAAUGGAAUGUCCAUUUGAGGGACCCUGUCCGUACGGCGCAUAUUGUGCUUACGGCAUACACAUGGAACUUUGUAAAAUGUGCGACCAAUUUUGUUUACAUCCAAGCGAUCAAACGCAACGCCGCAAGCACAACCAAGAUUGUUUACAGCAGCAUGAACAAGCCAUGGAGUGGUCAUUUGCUAUUGCCCGCUCUAAAGAUAAAACUUGUGGUAUUUGCUUCGACACAAUAAUGGAAAAAGCUGGAAGAGAGAAGCGUUUUGGAAUUUUGCCGAAUUGUAAUCACAUUUUCUGCUUGGAAUGCAUACGGAAGUGGCGACAGGCAAAACAGUUUGAACAUAAAAUUACACGCUCUUGCCCAGAGUGCCGCGUAUCUUCAGAUUUUGUCUGUCCCAGUGCCUUUUGGGUGGAAACUAAGGAAGAAAAGGAUAAGUUGCUCAGCGACUAUCGAUUAGCGCUUGGUGUGAAAGACUGCAAAUACUUUAAAAAGGGUGACGGCAAGUGUCCAUUUGGCAACAAAUGUUUUUACAAACAUGCUCUACCCAAUGGGGAUUUAGUUGAUGUAGGCUGCCCAAAGCGUGCACGUAAAUUACAUCGUGGCUCAAACGAUUUCAUCGAUUUGCUAGAUAUUUAUUUGUGGGAGUUUGUAGAACAACGCGAUUACCAUUGGCUUGACUUUCUGUCCGGCACCAGCGAUGAUAGUGAUGAUAGCGACUUUUCGGAAGAGUAAAAGUGUGCAGCUAUUCAAUAACUCCAAAGUUGUACAAUUAUCACAUGCUGGCAUAUUUUAAUCAAUGUGUUACCAAUAUUAAGUUGCGCAAAGAAAAAAGAGAACCUACACACAAGUUAGAAAUCCAAAAAAAAUGGAAUAAAUUCAUAAUAGUCUAUUAGCUGAAGCGAAUCCGUUGUUAAGUAUGCCAAAAACGGAUUCCUAAAAUAAUAUGAUUAAAUUGCACAUAUGAAAAAGGCGGCAUUAAAUAGAUUUCGAACAAAAAAAAAAAUAAACAAAAAAAAUAAAAAAAAAUUGAAUGUAAAAAAUAUACAAAAAUGGUAUAAUCGGGCCAAAUGACUCGUAUCUAGCUUGUACAAGUAUAUAGAAAAAAAGCGAUUACAUUUAUAGGAACACAAAGCAACGAACUUUUUUCGAGUAGUAAAAACAAACAAAAAUAAAGUGCAUAAUAUACAAAAUAAGAAGUUUCCGAGCAUUAAAAACAACUCAUAAAAAGUGGGCAUUGCAGAGAGAAUAAACAACUAAGGAAAGAAUUACAACACAAAUAUGCUAUUACGGAAUAUUUAAAUUUAGAUAUAUGUGCAAAUAUGUAAACAUUACUUUGGUCAUUUAUCAUAUGAUAAAAAUAACAAAUUAAAUGUGUUAAAUAUUUAAUAUACAUAUAUAUAUAUAUCAAAAUUAACUACACAAUAUAAGCCGCAUAUAACCCACUGGUAGGAACUCUUUUUACGAAAAGCCAUAUCACAAAAAUGGCGUACAAAUUUCAAAUGAAAAACAUACACAAAAAGAAAUCUUUUUACAUACAUUUGAAUUUGAUUGUGAUUUAUACUCGUAAUUGCCACGCUGACCGCCAUGGUGUCGGCUUCAAUUGUAAUAAACAACAAUUAUAAUAAUCUUAUCAUAGCGCCAUGCGCGCGUUUGGGCGUGCGCCUGCCUUAAAUGUCCCCCACCAUCGCGCGCAACGAACGUGCACCGGAUGAAAUACGACUAGUGUUACUUUUAUUUUCAAAUAUUAUUAGUGAUACAUACAUCUAUUUUUUAUAUAAUACCUAGUUGUAAAGUUGGAAAACGCCAAAAGCUUGCUUGCGGCUGGAUAUAAAAUAUAAACGCAUAGUAAUAUUUACAAAAUUCCAACUAAAAGUUAUGCAAAUGUUUAUGCUGGUUAAUAGAUUUUCUCAUGCAUUCAUUUAAAUCUACUUAUCACGCCGUUAAAUAUGUAGUUUCUUGUCCUAUAAACCACAUGUUCGCCUUUAUGAAUUUUGUUCUUUCGUAUUUAUGUUGAAGUAAUUGAACACUGGAAUUCGGUAUAUACUUAAGUUGUUAUUUGCUUAAAAAAUUACGGUGCAGUGUAAAAGUGUAGCAGUAUAUUCAAUUUUCGUUUUUUGAAUUUGAAAUUCAUACGUUUAUGCCAAAAAGAACGUUCACAUUUCUAUUUUUUAUUUUUUAAUUAUCAAUAUUUUUAGUUGAUUAUUAUAAAGAUUAAAAGUUAAAUUGUUCUUAAUCUAUUUACCAUAUUUUUUCAUUUCACCUGUUGUCUGUUAAAUGUAUUAAAAAAAAAUAUAUAUAUAUAAAUUUGAUUGCAAGGAAUAAAAUCAAGCCCGUUAUAUUAGCGUUUGUUACAUAUAAGCGUUAGAAUUAACAUUAUUUUUAUAAACAAAAAACAAAAAAAAAAAAACUAAAA